AUGCAUCGCUUGCGGGACGUCGUCGUCGUCGGUUGUUAGUUCUAAGCUGCGUCGUCGUCAGCCGGUUUGAUUUCCAUCACGUCACGUUUUCCUGAGUCAGUCAGCCUACUAGUACACAUAUUUACCGAAUUGCCCUUUCUGCUUCACACGUUCCGUUCCUGUGUUUCAGCAGCAAAGGAAGAGAAAAACCAGAAGGAAGAAGCACUAGAGUGUUGUAUUGGUUAUCCGCCUGUUGGUCGAAAAACUGGCGGACGUUUAAUACGAGAAUACAGUGUUGUGUGUUGUUUUUUUUUAUUUGGGAAAUUUUGAUUUUGCUUCCCUGCGUUUUCUGGUUCUACGCGAUCAUCAUAAGCCAUUAUCGUUAUUAUUUUGGAGAUUGUGAGCGGUUGUUAUACGAAUUUCGGGAAGUGAUUCGUUGUGGGUUUGUUCAGAUUAAGUGAACGAACGAAAAAAAAAAAACAAACCCAAAGUUUUCCACCCACAUCCCAAACGUUGUCCGGCAGCAAAUCGACAAAGAGGCAUCAAACAAAACAUUGGCAAAUGCCAAUAGCUUAAAAGUGUGUGUUGUGUGUGAUAAGGCAAAACAGCCUUAAUCGAAUCGAAACGUGAAGUUGCCAGUGAGUGUUGCGCAGAAUGGAACAAUGAAAUAUUUGUGAUUUCUUAUCUGCAUACGUUUUUACCUACAUGUGGUGCGCGCCCUCUAAAAGUGAGCGCCGCCCCGUUCAGUGUUACUAUUAAGUUUAUCGACUUUUGUUUUGGAUGAAAAGUUUCCGUUUGUACAAACAACAUGCUGCAAGCAGCCGAUACUUCGUUUGCCUCAACGGAAUCGUCCAGAAGGCGGUCAACGUUUUACGUUCCGCUGACCUCGGACCAUUCCUGCCAACAUCAUGAGGACGAUGCUGGUGCGCCUCAGGAGGUGAUUAGUUCUACGCCUGGGCGACCCACCGACGAGUACCAGAAGCGAUCCCUCGAGCGGAUCUACAAUCCGGAUCUUAGUGCCUGCAGCUUCGAGUGGAGUCUGGACGAUUCGCUCAAUUCGUCCAACAACAUGCUCGUGAGCAGCGAACGUGAGAAUAAGCUCAAACGAUAUGGCAUUGUUUUAAAUGCUAGCGUCAACAUCGAUGACGAUGAAACCACGUGCCAUCAGAAGCAAAGCAAUACCUCGACGCCGAUCCGGCUGAUGAAGUCCCGGAGUCGGAACAACAUCCUCAACCUGCCAGAAAAACCCUCGCUCCUGGUGCCUUCGCCGGCCAAGGAAAAGUCCAAGACGCUACCGCAGAACAUGUCUCCAGCCAACACUUUCCCACCGAAAAGUUCCUUCCUGCUCAAAUCGACGCCGAAGAUUUCACUUAACUACUCCUCGGAUGCUGGCGGGGGAGGAGGAACAGGAGCCCUCAACAGUUCAGCGCAUUCCACCGAUCUCAACUGUUCGCCACAUUCGGCACUGAGUCCGAAAAAGUCGCUCAGCUUUAUUCGACGAACGCACUCGACAAAACUGUCCCGAAGCAACUCUUUGCUCAAAAGUUUGACCUCCAAAUGCGUGGACCAGAGUAUCGAUUGUCUGAACAUGCGGAAGAUCACGGUCAAGGAGCUGGACUUUGCCCGGCUGGAGAAAUUUGUGCGGGCCGGCGAAAAGGCCGAGGAAAUGGCCCGGGAUUUCCUGGUCAGCGGCAAGGACGACAAGGAAGAGGAAAGCGCCGUCCAUUCCGACACUUCCUACGAGAAAGCAUGUCGAAGAGGCUCGGCACCGAGCACCCCGAUUCUGGGUCAGAAAUCGGAAUCCACCUCCCGCUUCACAAACUUUUUCUCCAAACGUUCCUUCCGAUCGAACCCGCUGAAGCGCACAAAGUCAGUCACCAAACUGGAACGGUCCAAGCGAGGACAGGGCGGGCUUCGAGGUUCCAGAUCGCACGAGAGUCUACUUUCAAACCACGCUGUGAUGUCCACCAUUGAUCUGUCCUGUAUUGGCGCCAUCGGAGUGGUUCCGGUUCACGCCUCCGUCCUCGGACGAAGACACUGCUUCCAGGUUCGGGGUGGCCCACGGGGAGAACGAUACUAUAGCUGUGGAUCACGGCAGGAACGGGACCUCUGGAUCUACAGUCUAAGGAAGUCGAUCGCCCCCAAUGCCGAAAACAGUCGACGCACCGACAACUCCCUCAAGAUGUGGGUGUACGAAGCAAAGGCCUUACCACCGAAGAAGAAAUACUUUUGCGAAAUUUAUCUGGAUAAAACAUUGUACGGUCGGACGUCAGUGAAGCUCCGGACGGAGUUGCUUUUCUGGGGAGAGUACUUUGACUUCCCGGACGUACCGGACAUCAACGUGAUAACGGUGAACGUUUAUCGGGAAGGCGAGAAGAAAAAGAAACGGGACAAACACGCCCUGGUCGGGUGCGUGAAGAUUCCGAUCCAUGAGGUCACAUCACGAACAUUCUCCGAGGAUUGGUAUCCAAUCAUGACGGAGAAGCACGACAGCAUUAGCAAAAACUCCUCCAAAGAACCGAUUCCCACCCUAAGGAUAAAGUGCCGUUUCCAGAGCAUAGAUAUUCUGCCUUUGGGAGUUUACAAGGAGUUUUUGGAUUACUUGAAAGAAAACUAUAAGAAGGUUUGUGAGAUACUGGAACCGGUGAUUGGCGUGAAAGCCAAGGAAGACAUUGGACAAGCUUUGGUACUGUUGAUGCAUGCCCAGGGUAUGGCGGCCGCUUUCCUAACAGACGUCGUUGCACUAGAUUUGCUUAGAGUUGGCGAUCAGCGACUAACGUUCAGAGGAAAUUCCCUGGCGACCAAAAGUAUGGAAGCCUUCCUUAAACUAACAGGUGAACAAUACCUGCAAGACACACUAUCGACCCCAAUAUCGGAGAUCAUCUCCUCAGAUCGCGAUUGCGAAGUUGAUCCACUAAAGGCCAACGGAUCGCUCUCGAGACAACAGCAAGCGCUUCGCAACGCAGUCAAGAGUGCGUGGAACAGCAUCGCUGAGAGCAGCAAAAAUUUUCCCACACAACUACGCGAUUGCUUCUCAACAUUCCGUGAAAGGCUUCAGCUGCUCGAUCGUGAAGACAUGGCAGAUAAUCUGAUCAGUGCUUCGAUUUUUCUCCGGUUUCUCUGUCCAGCGAUCCUGUCACCUAGUCUCUUCAACAUCACCAAUGAACUACCCUCUGCUCGAGCAACUCGUAACCUUACCUUGGUGGCAAAGACCCUGCAAACUCUGGCAAACUUCACUCGGUUCCAAGGAAAGGAAAACUUCAUGGAGUUCUUGAACGAUUUCCUCGAACAGGAAGCUCCACGAAUGAAACAGUUCUUGCACGACAUUUCGACACGAUCGGAUUGCCCGAGUCAGGAAAGCAUUCUCGACUGGGCCGGAUACAUCGACCAGGGCAAACAGUUGUCAAUUUUACACACACUUCUGGCAGAAAGUAUUCAAAAGCUGCCUUCCACAAAACAGGUCGAGCUACACCCGCUAUGCAACAUCCUCGAGUCCAUUACGAUCGCUAAGGAAACUAACAAUUUCAUCACAAAUCAACAACAACCAUCACCUCAACCACAUCCAAACCAAGAGAACCAACAAAACAAUCUGGUCAUCGCCCAGAUCAAACCAACUGCCGAGCGUGGUAUCAUCCGCGGAGUCCUAACUCCAACAUCCCUCGAGAAGAACAUCUUCCGAUACAACGAUCCCACGGUUCGCCCUCUGCUCAACCAGAGCCAACAGGGAAAUCCCCUGCAACACUCCCACUCCACUUCCAGUAUUAAUUCGACCUCGAAUCUGCACGUGAUGCUCAGCGGAAGCAACAAUUCCAGUGCAAUCCAACAUCAAAGCGUGUCCAGUACAAACUCCAACGCCAACGAGAACAAGUAUCAGUAUCAAAUUGGCAACGUACGGAACUACGGCAUCUCAACGCAGUACUACAACAAUGCCAGCAACAUCGGAAGCCUCAAGACCGAAAAGGAAAAGAGUCCGGUGUUGAACUGCGGCAUUCGUGCUAGUACUUUGCCUCGAAACAAUGCCGUCACAGUUAGCAAUACGAACAUCAACGGAGGAGAGCAGGAAGAUCACGGCAACGGAAGCAACCUCAUCCAGAUUGGAUUCGACCCGAGCAAUCCGUUCAACAGAAAAAGCCCAACUCCGUUGCUAAAAUCGUCAACCCACAUCAAUGGUAGCCGGAGUCGCAACCUCAACGGGUCUCAGCUCAGCCUGAUCUCGGACAUCGGCAAGAAUCCGUUGAGCCUGGGAAUCCCUCACAGUGAGAUGGUUACCAGUUCUACGCCCAAUGCCCAUCAGGGAUCCAAUCCAUCCAACAUGCCCAUGAGCUUGGAUGACCUGGAGGACCUCCUCAACUACGCCGACGAGCAGAACAUCGAGAACCAAAAGGGCAAAGAUCAACUUCAGAGCAAGGGCAGCAAUAUCUCCAUUGGACAAAUUUCCAACAUCUGCAGCUCCGGGUAUCAGAGCAUCACCACCCAGUCGCAAAGCUCCAGCCCUAUCGAAUUGGGCCAGCAGCAGAUCGAAUACGUCGCAAACAAGGUUCCGCCUCCUCGCAAGGUUAGCAGCAGCAAGUACGGCUUCAUCAACCAAAGAUACAACGGGGUUGGCAAUCAGUCGGCGAACCUGAACUGCAACCUUAACAACAACAACAACAAUGACCUUCCUCCCUACAAAAGCCCGCUCUACCAUCACGCGACCUCCAACGGAAACGCCAACAGUGCGUUGAAUGCCUACAACAACAAUCUGAUCAUCGGAAGCAACGGUAAUGGGACGACCAACGGUAGCAGCACCUUGAUUGGAGGCGUUGGAUCAGGAGGAAUUUACAAGAGCCACCUGAGUACGAUCGGAAGUGGCGGUAAUCUGCACACCUCAAGCAGUGACGAACGGCUGAGCAACAACGACAACUACCGGGAGCUGGAUUCGCUCACCGUGGACAACGGCAAUGGAUACGAUUCCUUUGUCGGGUUGAAUGGUGGCCGCCGACUGGGUAGCAGCCGAAUGCCGAGGACAAAUCCUUUGAUGCAGUACAAACGUGAGGAACCGAUUCCGAACUUUUCCACCGGAAUGAACAGCUCCCGGGAUCAUUACCAUCAUAAUAGCAGCAGCAGUGGUGGCACCAAUGGACGCUAUCAGCGACGCAUGAGCAUCGAUUCGGGGCGCACCCUGUCGGACAGUUCCACCGAUACGGAAAGCGGCGGAGGCAAGCCUCAUCAUCCGGUAUCGUCCAGCCACCAUGCCGUUAGUGGUCAUCAUGCCAACAACAGCAGUGGUAUGGUCACGAUCAGCGGCGCCAAUGGGGCCGUCGUCGGUGUCAGCGUCAGUGGAAGUGACAGCAAACGGCGCCACCAUCGGACUAGUGCCAGCAAAUCGGUCGAACAGUGCGAGCGAGAAAUUCAACGGCUGCAGGCAUCGGUCGAUGAGCUGCGCCAAAAGCUGGAAGAAUCGGAACUGAAGGAUGUGGUGGACGAUCUGGAAGCAAUCAGCCAUCACAGUGACACCAAAAUUCGAAGCAUCAUUGGACGUCUUCUCGCAAUGGAGGAAGAACUCCGCAGGGAGCAGUACAAAAUGUCACUGGUUCUGUCCCAUAAGCAACGCGUGAUCGAAGCCCAGGGCCAGCAGAUUGCCGCCCUAGAUGCGGCCAAUAACCGGCUACUGACGGCCUUAUCCAGCCUGCGGAACCGUUACGAGAAUCAAUCGACCACAAGCGAGGCGAGCUCACCUCAGCCCAACGCUAGUGCUUCGUCCUGUUAAAACAACCGCCCACGCGUCUCACACAAUCAAUCACACAACAAGCUCUCUCGAGUCUCUAUUGGAAAAACACAUAUUAAAGCUUAGUUCUUUUAGAAAUGGGACAGUUACAAAUGCCUGUAUCUCAAAAACCAUUCGUUUGAACGAAAUACUUUCUAUGAAGGAAAAGUAGGCAAUGUUAUGAUAUUUCAUGAAAAAAUUUGAAAAAAAAUAUUUACCGUUUUUUGUAAAAGAAAUUUCUACUUUAUUCUUGGUGUCUCCCAUUGGCCGGCGCACACUUUUUUCUGUCAUGGUAUUGAUCAGUUUCUCCAACUUAUACUUUGUAAAAUCUAUAUUUUAGGUGGCUUCACCUUCCUUCUUCAAUUUCUGAUACUUUUUGGUCCAAUACUUCUCUGGAAACUGGAAACUGGAAGCAUUUUAGUGGAUACAGUUGUUUCGAAAUGAACAAAUUUGGUUAUUUUUUAUCACAUUUUUGAACGUUUUUUUUUCGGUACCGGUUUUACAGCUUAAGAGCUUUGGAACUAUCAAAAAAUGGCUGUUUGAGGUUGGAUUUCAAUGAGUCAUCACUAGGCAACACUUUCAGCUUAUCGGAGAAAAUUGUUUUGGACAUUUCAGCGAUCUACCCUUAGCUUUUCGUUUAUUGAAAAUUAAAAAUGCUGGUAUGAGACUUGCAUUCCUUGAUGAUCCUUAACCGUUGUUGCCGAUCAUCUGCUUCACUCCAAUGCUUGAUUUGAACUUUGUGGACAUUAUUGACAGUGUUUGCAUACUUAUCCACCACAUAAACUCAGUAAUUCUUUGAAUAAUCAACGGUUUUUUCAGCUAUCAAUUUGAUAAUGACGAAUUUUAAAGGAAUCUGUGCAAAAAUUUUUUUUUCUUUUUCUCAAGCAUCGUACAUAUCUCAAAAACGCGUAAAUUUUAAAUUUUGAAAAAAAUAGGUCGAAUAGUACUUUUUACAGGCAACAAAAUGCUGUUCAAAUUUUUAAUAUCCAAUAACUAGUUAACGAGCUAUUAGCAAAUGAAAGUGUCCCAUUUCUAAAAGAACUAAGCUUUAGUAGCCUAACGAACCGAACGAAACGUUUGCAAUUAUCGGAUCCAAUUGAAAGAUUCUUUAUUUUUCUUGUAAAUACUUGAAACACAUACACAAAUAUUAUGAAUAAUGUUGAUUAUUUCGAUUUUAAAAGUAUUUAUUGUAUAGACAUGCACAUUGAAAAUGAGUUUAUGAAUCAAGAAAAAAAGAUUUUAUAGAAACGAUAAGCUCUGUAUCAUGACUAGUUUUUAUUUUGCUAACGAGUUGCGUUGAUGCACAAAUGAUGUUACACUUUUAGCUGCGCCCAUGUAACACAUCAACAAACACCCCAAUCCAUCUCAUCAUACUUACUUUAAACAAAGUAAAGACUUCAGCUAUCAGUUCUACAUAAUAUCAUAGAAAACAACUGUCGAGUGAUAUCAUCCUUAAGAGCUCCUAAAGCUUGAAAGUCAUUCAUCCAUAGAAGAAAAAAAACUGCCUCGAAACUAGAAGAUCGAGAUGGUCAUAAACCACAAGGUCAAAAUAACAUGAUAACCAGUAUUUUUGUCUCCCUUCUUCAACAAUUUAGUAAGUAACGCAAAUCAUUGAAGAAAGUAUAACAAUAUUACCUUUGCAAAUAGUAGUUCAUCCUAGUUUUGUUUCCUUGAUCGAGUAGUAAAAAGUAAGUCAACACAAUUAUUAAUCAAAUGUAACCAAAGAACCAUUUCAGAAAACAAACAAAAAUAACCCCGUCAAUUCAACCGAUCGAUGAAACAAGUUCGAUCUCAAGUUGCAUAAACAAAAACAAAAUUAGUUAAAUUACCAGAUAAAAACACAUCAUGUUUUAAACAUUUUCCUACACCCUUUCUAAUUCCAAUGAUAAAUUCACGUGUAGUCGUGUGUGGAAAGAUGCAACAAACCACCCUUUUGAUUAGAUUGUUUUUCUUCUCCGAUUUACUUUCUGUAGAAUACCACUAGCCUUACACAACACAACCAGAAACACUCACAUAAAACCCCACUUGUAGUAGCAGUAGAAAUAUCUAUUCUGAGAAUAUAUUGAAGACGAAAUAUUUAUAAACACCAA